AUGAGCGCCCGCGAAGCGAAAAGACCGGUGGGGGUCAUAUGUUGUGACCUGUCACGCGCGUUCGACACUGCCGACCAGUCGCUCAUCGCCGACAAACUCGCCCACUACGGAAUCCGCGGCCCGGCUAGUCAACUGAUACUCUCUUUCAUGACGAACAGAGCCCAAUUUGUUGUCGGGGACGGGGGUGCCGUUGUGUCCUCAGAGCUGCGGAACCUGAUGGGUGUUCCCCAGGGUUCGUGCCUCUCAAAUACCUUGUUCACUAUCCUACUGAACGACUUGCCAACGGCGAUACAAGGCGCGGAGUUAUUAAUGUAUGCCGAUGACGUCACGGCAGUCGUCAGCACAACCGCUGAGCAGGACCUGGAAGAGGCGCUAAAUCACGUAUCGGAACAGCUGCACGAGUGGUUCCAGUUGAACGGUCUGGCACUCAAUAAAGAUAAAACGUGUUUUAUGACCUUUAAACUAAAUGGUCACACAAGCAAAGCCCUGAGGGUGUGUGCAGGCGGUACCCCUAUACAGCACCUGUCCUGCACGCGCCUUCUCGGUUUCCAGCUUGAUGACGCGCUAACGUGGGAGCCGCACAUAGACGGACUCUGCGGUAGGUUGGGGCGCGCGUGCUUCGCGCUACGGCGCCUGGCACAAACAGCGAGAGGAGACGCAGUGCGAGAGUGCUAUUUCGCAACAGUGCACUCACUCCUUACCUACGGUGUCGAACUAUGGGCGCGCGCCUCCGACUGGAACCGUGCGUUCGUAAUGCAAAAGCGUGCGGUCCGCGCUAUGGCCGGCACGCCUGCGGAUGCUCCGGCACGACCCCUUUUUCGUGACCUCGAGAUCUUACCCCUGCCUUGCUUAUUUAUAAACCAGGCAGCGGUAUUUACACGAACGAACCUCGAAUCAUUUGAGCGAAAGGGUACCAAUACCAACUAUAAUCUCCGCAGCAACAAACACCACAACAGACUAGUCGCCGAAAAACAUAGACUCGCGAAGACUGAAAAACAUAUUUAUUAUUUAGGACCCGCUGUUUACAACCGCUUGCCUGACAAUAUCAGAGAUGCAGCUACUACCGCGGCGUUCAAGGCAACUAAGUAG